CUCAAACAGAAAAUGAGUAGCUGUCUUUUCCGGCUGGCACUGCUCGUGGCUUGCGUCCUCUCCAUCCUCUGCACCACCGAGCCUGCACCCGGUACCGGCACCGGCACCGAGGAGCCAGACUCGGGUCAGCUCAACGUGGACUUCCUCGAAGCCGUGAAGAGGCACAUACUGAGCAGGCUGCAGAUGCGGGAGAGGCCCAACAUCACGCACCCGGUCCCUAAAGCGGCCAUGGUGACGGCUCUGAGGAAGCUGCACUCCGGGAAGCUGCGCGAGGACGGCCGCGUGGAGAUCCCCAACCUGGACGGACAUCCGAUGAGCAACGAGCUGCAGGAGGAGAGCUCAGAGAUCAUCAGCUUUGCAGAGAAAGAUGACAUAGUGACGUCCAAGUCCAGCCUGUUCUUCCUGAUCUCCAGCGAGGGGAACCAGCACCUCCAGGUGACGCAGGCCAACCUCUGGCUCUAUUUCAAGCUGCUGCCGUCUCCUCUGGAGGUGCGUACGAGGCGGAAGGUGACGGUGAAGGUUUACUACCAGGAGCCGGGCCUCAGCAGCAAGUGGAACCUGGUGGAGAAGCGGGUGGAGUUGAAGCGCAGCGGCUGGCACACCUUCCCGCUGACCGACGCCGUCCGGUUGGUGUUCGAGAAAGGCGACCGGCGCCAGAACCUGGACGUGCGCUGCGAGGGCUGCGAGACGGAGGGAGUCGUGCCGAUCCUGCUCAACCACAACGACGAGUCCCACCGACCCUUCCUGGUGGUGCAGGCGCGGCAGGCCGACAACAAACACCGGAUUCGGAAGAGGGGGCUGGAGUGCGACGGGAGCAACAGCCUGUGCUGUCGGCAGCAGUUCUACAUCGACUUCCGGCUCAUCGGCUGGAACGACUGGAUCAUCGCGCCUUCAGGCUACUUUGGGAACUACUGCGAGGGGAACUGCCCGGCCUACAUGGCGGGCGUCCCCGGUUCGGCCUCGUCCUUUCACACGGCGGUGGUGAACCAGUACCGCAUGCGAGGGAUGAGCCCGGGCUCCAUGAACUCCUGCUGUAUCCCCACCAAGCUCAGCACCAUGUCCAUGCUCUACUUCGACGACGAGUACAACAUCGUGAAGCGGGACGUUCCCAACAUGAUCGUGGAGGAGUGUGGCUGUGCUUGA